AGAGGAGUGAGGAGUCAGGAGGCAUCAGAGGAGGCAUCAGGAGCAGUGAGCAGUGAGCAGUGAGGAGUGAGGAGUGAGGAGGCAUCAGAGGAGUCAGCAGCAACAGCAGCUGACCGCUGACUGUCUGUCUCCCCGCUGAACUCGCUCUCUCAGCGGCUUCAGGUGUUUCAGCAGAGCGGAGCUGCCGGUGUCAGUGAGCUAUGAGGAGGUGUGGUCUGUGUCGUCCAGGCGUCCUGUCUGUUGGACUAUGCUGUGUUCGUCCUCUGGGUGGCGCCUCCUGAGCCGAGCUCGCCGCCUCCCUCCCUGCCCCCCCCGCCCCGCCGCUCAGUCAGUCCACAUGUACGCCACCCGCCUGUACAGCCCCGCGGGGGGAGGAGGAGGAGGAGGAGGAGGAGGAGGAGGAGGAGGAGGUGGGGUUAAACAGGGGCGAAGGGCGGGGCUGGCCAUGCUGGAGGCGCCCCAGCCCCCUCACCCCCACCUGGCCCCACCUCCCCCCGCCUACCCGCUGUACCCGAGUCGCCCUGACGCCCACCGAGGAGUGCACUUCCACCACCACUACCACCCCCACCCACCCCCUGCCCACCUGGCCCCGCCCCCGCUGCCCCCCCACUACCAGCACCACGCUCACUUCCACACAUACGGAGGGGGGGCUCCCGCCGGAGGGGCCGCCGCCACCGGCAGCAAGAAGAAGACGUGGAACUUCAUCCACGAGAAGAUGAGCUACGACACGUUCUUCACCAUGAAGCGUCUGAUCGAGCGCUCUCGGCGUCCCGACGAGGUGCUGCGCUGGGUCACCCAGAACCCCGCCAAGAUCUCCCACAACCACUACCCCGUCGCCCUGCAGAAGAUCGGACAGCUGCUACAGGCCACGUCGCCGCCACGAGGCGGGGGGGACGACCCCGACGCUGAGGCUUCAGGAGGAGGAGCGGCAGAGGGAGGGGACAGACGCCAGAUCCUGGAGCAUCAGGACUUCCAGACGCUUUGUAACGCCAUCGUCAACGACUGCGCCAAGUUUGACAACUUCAGCAUCGUCAACUGUCUGUACGCCGUGGCGGCGCUCGGUCUUCCCAGUGACUCUCAGGUGGUCCAGGUGUUGGAGGCGGAGUCCCAGUCCAGACUGAACCAGUUCAACCAGAAGGACGUGUCCAUGGUGUUCAGCUCCAGCAUGAAGCUCCACCCGGGCAGCCAGCACCCUCUGACGGAGGCCUGCCUGGCCGGCCUGGAGAAGAACCUGGAGAGAGAGCGCCACCCGCAGACGCUCUUCCUGCUGCUCUCCUACUACAGACUCAAGUGGCGCUCGCUGCAGCCGCAGGAACCCGCCGCUGCUACGGGGGGCGCCACCGCUAACAACAACAACAACACGCCUCCGAACCCUGAACAACUGCUCGCCAACAGGAAGAUCCUUCGUCUGGUCAAACACACGCUGGCGAGCGUCAGUGGCGUUCGUGACCAGGAGAUGGCGCUGCUGGACGAGAUGUUGGCGGCGUGCGUACGGGAGGCGAGCAACAAGAGUCUGGAGUUGAUCUUCAGCUCACACUUGUUCUACCAGAACAGACAGGAGAGGUUCAUCAGCAGCCUGGCAGAGGAGUUGCCGAAGAAGAUGGACAGCAUCACUCCGUACACGAUGGCUCUGAUUGCCAAAUACAUCGCUCGCCAUCGCCUGAGAGAGACCUGCCUGCUCGACACCAUCGCAGACUUCCUGGUGAAGAAGGCCGAGUACCUGGACAGUAAGGUGAUCCAGAAGCUGGUGUUCCCGUUCAGCAGGAUGAGUUACCGUCCGUCCGGCGAGCAGCAGUUCUUCUCCCGACUGGAGGAAGUGGUGGAGCUGAAGGCGCUCAGCUCGCCGCUCGCCACCGUCAACAUCCUCAUGUCUCUGUUCCAGCUGGGACACUUCCCGGGCCUGGUCCUGCACCGUGUCUUCUCCUCCGCCUUCAUCAGCAACGUCACCAACAGUCCAUACGCUCUGAUCGUCCGGCGGUACCUCUCUCUGCUGGACGCUGCCGUUGAGCUGGAGUACCGAGACUACACCGGACCACGACUGCAGGAUGCCCACAAGGUUCUGAUGUUCGACCACGCCCUGACUGCUGACGAGGUCAACCGCAAGUACAGUUAUAAAGGUCUGGUGGCUGAAGCUCUGAGACAGCUGGUUGGAGAACAGAACUACAAACAGGACGAAGUACUGGCCCCAGGAUAUUACACAGACUUCGUGUUGUGGAUGGACUCUUCUGGUCGGGUUCUACCCAUCAGGACCGGCGCCGGUCUGGCUCUCAGCAUCGUUUCUCCGUCCUGCGUCGCUGUGGCGACCAAGUCAGCUGACGGUGCGGUUGCCGUGGUGACUUCAGAGUUCCAGAAGUUUUCUCCGUUCGCGCCGCCGGAGGAGGGCGCCGAGCAGCCGUGUCAGGUGGGCGAUGCGACGGGCGGAGCAGCGGAGGGUCGGUGCUUCCUGCCCCACCACAUCCGCAGCACGCCGGGGGCCACGGGGCCCCCGCGUCCCGGGACCAACGGCGGCCCUUACGGCCCAUACUACGUCCCCGCGGCGGAGUACUACUCCAGCCUGGCCAAGGAGCACUCUCUGGAGAGCCAGGACAGCUCCACGCUCAGCAGCCCCCCCUCUGACGGCCUGGCCCCGCCCGGAGUCCAGGGACCGGCGGGGGCCUCGGCGCCGGACUCACUCUUCCAGUUCUCCAUCGGGAAGAUCCUGGAGGACGAGGGGGGGUCCCCACGGGGCCCGGGGACAGAGUGCGAGCUGCCGGGGUUCUACGAGGGUGUGACGUAUUCUGAGGGGUCCGGGGCCAACAGAGGGCCCCCGUCACCACAGCUCCACCCCCCCGACAGACCUGACGCCGACAACCCCUCGACGGAGCAGAGAGCGAUCAGGAGGGUCAUCAUGUCCGUCAACGAUAAGUGGCACUACUGCCACAACUCUGAGGUUCUGGUGGGUUCUCGAGCCAUGAGGGACCGGCACCUGAGGCUUCUGGGAUACAUCAUCCUACAGCUGCCGUACCACGAGCUGGAGAAGCUGAACGGCAUCGAGGAGGUGAAGCAGUACCUGCACAAGAAGCUGCUGGACGCCCCGCUAUGACGCUCUGUGUGUGUGUGUGCGUGUGCGUGUGCGUGUGCGUGUGCGUGCGCGCGUGUGUGUAUGUUUGAAUCCUGGUUCCUGGGGUCAAAGGUCAGCAGAUUGAUAUCACCUGCACGUUAACGUGUUGAUUCAGAUCGCAGCUGAUGAUGAUGUCAUCAGUGAUGUCAUCAGUGAACCAGCUGAUCAAUGAGCUCAUGGUCUGGUCAGCUGACAGGAAACAGAAGAGAACACUUAAUAGAGCAGUUAACAGUUGUGACAUCACUAAUGAGCAGCUGGACUCAGACUCCCAUCAGGCUGUGCAGCUUCUUAAAGGACCGUCCCGCUGCUUUCUGACCAUGUUCCAACUCGUCCGUCCGUCCUCAGACUGACCUCCAGACUGACCUCCAAACUGACCUCAGACUGACCUCCAGACUGACCUCCAAACUGACUUCAGACUGACCUCCAGACUGACCUCCAAACUGACCUCCAAACUGACUUCAGACUGACCUCCAGACUGACCUCCAAACUGACCUCCAAACUGACUUCAGACUGACCUCCAGACUGACCUCCAAACUGACCUCCAAACUGACUUCAGACUGACCUCCAGACUGACCUCCAAACUGACUUCAGACUGACCUCCAGACUGACCUCCAAACUGACCUCCAAACUGACUUCAGACUGACCUCCAGACUGACCUCCAAACUGACCUCCAAACUGACUUCAGACUGACCUCCAAACUGACUUCAGACUGACCUCCAGACUGACCUCCAAACUGACCUCCAAACUGACUUCAGACUGACCUCCAGACUGACCUCCAAACUGACUUCAGACUGACCUCCAGACUGACCUCCAAACUGACCUCCAAACUGACUUCAGACUGACCUCCAAACUGACUUCAGACUGACCUCAGACUGACCUCCAGACUGACCUCCAAACUGACUUCAGACUGACCUCACACUGACCUCCAAACUGACCUUAGACUGACCUCCAGACUGACCUCCAAACUGACUUCAGACUGACCUCCAGACUGACCUCCAGACUGACCUCCAAACUGACCUCCAAACUGACUUCAGACUGACCUCAGACUGACCUCCAGACUGACCUCGAGACUGACCUCCAAACUGACCUCAGAUUGACCUCCAGACUGACCUCCAAACUGACCUCAGACUGACCUCCAGACUGACCUUCAGACUGACCUCCAAACUGACCUCCAAACUGACUUCAGACUGACCUCAGACUGACCUCCAAACUGACCUUAGACUGACCUCCAGACUGACCUCCAAACUGACCUCCAAACUGACCUCAGACUGACCUCCAGACUGACCUCCAAACUGACCUCCAAACUGACUUCAGACUGACCUCAGACUGACCUCCAGACUGACCUCAGACUGACCUCCAGACUGACCUCCAAACUGACCUCCAAACUGACCUUAGACUGACCUCCAGACUGACCUCCAAACUGACCUCAGACUGACCUCCAGACUGACCUCCAAACUGACUUCAGACUGACCUCCAGACUGACCUCCAAACUGACCUCCAAACUGACUUCAGACUGACCUCAGACUGACCUCCAAACUGACUUCAGACUGACCUCAGACUGACCUCCAGACUGACCUCCAAACUGACUUCAGACUGACCUCCAGACUGACCUCAGACUGACCUCCAGACUGACCUCAGACUGACCUCCAAACUGACUUCAGACUGACCUCAGACUGACCUCCAGACUGACUCCAGAGUGACCUCCUGACUGACCUCAGACUGACCUCCAGACUGACCUCCAGACUGACCUCCAGAUGUCGUCUCCAGAACCACGCUGACCUUGUGAUGUCAUCAUGUCAGUGUCGUUGUACGGAGGUCGUGCAGCUGACAGCAGCGCUGCGUUCAGUCAGUAAACAUGGAUGUUUUGAAGUGUCCUUGAACGCACCGUCGGGGCUGCUGUCAUCAGGUGUGACGGAGGAUAGUUUUGGAACACGGUCGGCAGAAACACCCGACGGUCCUGUAACGGGUCAGAGUGCAGGCUGUGAUCUGAUUGGUCGCUGUGUGGGUGGACAAACAUAUCUUUUUUUGGGGGGGGGGGGGGAGGGGGGUCUUUUUAUAAAGUUUGGUAACGAUGCAUGUGCGGGAUUCUGUUUUUCGGGGCAUCACUGUUUUAUAAAGUCAGAUGAUGAAGCUGGGAGAGCAGGGGCUGAUGGGUACUGUAGUUCUCUCUGAAUGCACACUGAGGGGAGGGGGAGAGUUACCAUGGUAACACAGUGGGCGUGCCAAAGGCCCGGAGGAUGAGCGCCGGGAUGAUUGGGGGGUGGGGGGGGUGAUUAAUGUCGGGGUCAAAGGUCAGAUUAUUUAUUUGUGUAUCAGGACGGAAAGAAGCUUGUUUAUAUUCUAUAAAUCUAUUCAUUCAUUCAUAUAUACGUAUAUAUAUAUAUAUAUAUAUAUAUAUAUAAAAAUAUACGUAUAUAUGAAUAUCAUUCAAAUGUCUAUAAAACCUGAAACUGAA